AGAAAGUCCGCGCGGUGAAACCGUAGCCAGUUCGGCUCCAGCCUGAAGCUUACGCCGCCACGUUGAAUGCAUAGCCGUUGGCAGUAAGUCGGCCUCGGUAGCACCACCAACACACACCGCCGCAUGGCAGUGGAUAACUGGCCAAUCGGGGAGAAGGCGUUGCCCCCGGAGGAAAAGGCUAGAUUGAAGACGGAGAGUGCACGCAUUCGAGCAUUAUGGUUUCCUAGUUUUGCGGACAGUGAGAUGGAGACGCGUUACGUUGCGACCAUGGUGCGUAAAUCCAUUCGAGCGAAGCUUAUGAGAACUUGGGUAAUUUUGAGUCUCGUUUGGUGUUGUAGCUUUUUCGGUCGAUUCGCGUAUCUUCGCGGUAUUGAGAUGAACAGUGCACGCGCAGCCAUCUUCGGCGCACAGGCUGUUCAAGCCAUUUGUGUCAAUACACUGGUCGUCCUCCAUUUCGCGCCAGAGCGGUUUUACAAAUAUAUUGAAUUGGAUUCGGUUGUAGCAGUAUUGUUUGUUACCAGUUCGAUCUGCGUUCAAUUUACAAACUCUUGGAGAGUCGGAUACAUGUUCGAAGGCGAUCCUGAUUCCUUGCUCCGGUUUUCUUCAGAGAAAUGCGAUGCUGGAUCGUCCGAUUCUUUGUUGUUGCUCUCACUACUUCUGCUUGGGAGUGUGGCCAUCACGGGCAUGCGGGUUCGCACCCGCUGCAGCUUGUUUGUUUCCGUCAGUGUUCCAUGCAUUUAUGCCACAUUCAGUUUCCCGUUGGGCAUGUCACCACACCAUACGUUCAGUGUAUUCGUACAUACUGCCAUGGUCACAACAUCGUUAGCCUUGUCAUGGACAAGCCAACGAAACAUCGAGGUUGAGCAUCGCAUAGACUGGAUGCGUACACUUUUGUUGGAGGAAGAGGUCCGGGCUCUGUCCCUUCCGACCGAAAUAGAUGAGAAAGCUCAUAUGAUUGAGCAAUUGCGUGUAGCGGUACAGGAAGACGAUGAACAUGCAAUAUUGGAGGCCCGGCGGGCGUUGUGCAAGAUCGGCUUGUCGAAUGACGAUGUUGAUGCCAAAGUUGCCGAGAUUCGCAAGUUACACAGCGAGAGGUUCGGGGUCAGUGCUGCGUACCUUCUGUCCGACGAGUUCGAGCAGCUGGCAGCCGAGCGCACAGGGUGCAUAGAUCCAACCUUUUACGAUUUGAAGGACUCAUUGUUUUUUGGGCCGAACGCGCUCGGGAGAGCAAAACCCUGCCCGCGUGAUGGCCUACCUGGCUGCGCAAUCAUAGACACGUUGCCACCCCAGCACCGGGGAUUUUGCACGCACUUCCUUUCGUGGACAUGGGGCUACAAGCUAAGCUCACUGCGGUCCGCGCUGGAAGGCUGGUUAGCGAGAUCCACUUUGAAUCCCGAGAAGGUGUUCUUUUGGAUGUGCUUCUUCGUGAACAACCAGCACCGGAUACUGGUGGGCCAGACAAGACGAGGGUCUGACAAUCUUGAACAGGCGUUUGAGUUCAACCUACGCCGCAUCGGAAAGGUAGUGGCCGUGCUCGAUACUUGGGAAGAGCCUUUGUACCUGACAAGGAUAUGGACAUUGUUUGAGCAGUUCACGGCGAUCAAUUUGGGGAUUGAGGUGGAAAUGGCGUUGCCCUUGGCAUCAGCUCACGCCUUGGUUGAGAAGAUUGAAGAGGGCAAGUCAGGAAUUCUCGCUGUCGUUCGGCAGUUCAGCAAAAUUGACUGCCAAUCUGCCACCGCUUGCGAUCCCCUCGAUGAGGCACGUGUCAAAGCACUCAUCCAGACCACUGUUGGUUUCGACGUCGUCGAAAACAAGAUCAAGGGUUUCUUGCUCUGUUGGGUAGCCUCUGCGGUGGAGAAGCGGUUCAACGAAUUGGUGCUCGGAGCGUCGAGCCAGCAGGCGGCUUUGAAAUUGAGGAAGCGGAAGAGCAACGUAAGCUCGCUCAUUAGUCAACACCUCGAGCCAGAGUUGCUUGAUAGCCGCCAUUGACGACACAUCGCACUUCAGCGCGCUAACACAUAGCAUCGUGCAUACUGCGCGAAAAAACCGUACGCGGGGCGGGAGAGGUGCUUCAGCGACCCAGCUUUUAAGGAGUGAGAGGACCACAGUUG